AUGGAUUCUUGCAUCCAAGAACUUCAUUUCUCUCACCUCCAUAUCCCGGUAACCAUCAACAACAAGUUUCUUGUACAUCCAUCAAGUCCAACACCUGCAAAUCAUUCUCCCCACCACAGUCUCUAUCUUUCAAACCUUGAUGAUAUCAUCGGAGCGCGUGUCUUCACCCCAUCUGUUUAUUUCUAUCGAUCAACCACUGAUCCAUCUAAUAACCGAGAUUCUUUGGUACUUAAACGGCUUCAAGAUGCUCUUGGUCAGGUCUUAGUUCCGUAUUAUCCACUCUCCGGUAGGUUAAGGGAAGUGGAAAAUGGGAAAUUAGAAGUUUUCUUUGGAGAAGAGCAAGGUGCUUUAAUGGUGUCGGCGAAUUCUUCAAUGGCUUUAGCUGAUCUCGGAGAUCUUACAGUGCCAAACCCAGCUUGGUUACCACUAAUAUUUCAACACCCAGGAGAAGAAGCGUACAAAAUCCUUGAAAUGCCGUUGCUUAUAGCUCAAGUAACGUUUUUCACCUGUGGUGGAUUUAGCCUUGGGAUCAGACUCUGCCAUUGCAUCUGCGAUGGUUUUGGAGCUAUGCAGUUUCUUGGCUCAUGGGCUGCUACCGCAAAGAUCGGGAAAUUGAUUGCAGAUCCUGAGCCGGUUUGGGAUAGAGAAGCUUUCAGACCAAGAAACCCUCCCAUGGUGAAAUACCCACAUCAUGAGUAUCUUCCAAUGGAAGAAAGAUCGAAUUUGACAAACUCUUUGUGGGAAACGAAGCCGUUACAGAAAUGUUACAGGAUAAGCAAAGAGUUUCAGUGUCAGGUUAAAAGCAUUGCUCAAGGACAAGACUCAAGCUUAGUUUGCAGCUCGUUUGAUGCGAUGGCUGCACAUAUAUGGAGAUCAUGGGUCAAAGCACUUGAUGUGAAGCCAAUAGAAUACGAUCUCAGGCUCACGUUUCCAGUCAAUCUAAGAACAAAACUUGAAACUCUAAAGUUGAGAAAAGGGUUUUACGGAAAUGUGGUGUCUUUAGCUUGCGCAAUGAGUACUGUUGACAGUCUUAUGAACGAUUCUUUUGCCAAGACAACACGUUUGGUUCAAGAGGCAAGAGUUAGGGUUACAGAGGAUUACUUGCGGUCCAUGGUAGAUUACGUGGAGGUGAAACGGCCAAAGAGGUUAGAGUUUGAAGGGAAGCUAAUGAUAACGCAAUGGACCCGGUUUGAAAUGUAUGAGACUGCAGAUUUUGGAUGGGGUAAACCGGUUUAUGCAGGACCAAUUGACUUGAGGCCUACGCCACAGGUUUGUGUGUUGUUGCCUCAAGGAGGAGUUGACUACGGUGGUGGCCAAAGCAUGCUGGUUUGCCUUUGCUUGCCUCCGUCUGCUGUUCAUAAAUUCACUCGGCUUCUAACUUUGAAUGAUUGUACAUAA